AUGUCAUAUUCACCAGACAGAAAAUCUGGUAGCCCAAUAAAGUCACAAGUUCUGAAGAGGCCGAGGCCAUUGAGUCUCCCAGACCAAGCUCUCAAGUAUGUUAUCACGAAGAUGCAGCUUCAGAGCCACCACCACUACAGCUCUCUCUCUCCUUCAACUGCUUCACCUUCUCCUCACUCUGAGCCUGACCUCUCUUCUGGGUUCAAUUCCCUUACCCUAGACCCUCCCGGACCAGAUUCCACCUCCCUCUUAUCCGAUGAGCUUCUCCUCUCCGUCUUCGCCAAGCUCCCAAUUUCCCAGUACCUCCCCAACUCCCUUGUCUGCAAGCGCUGGCUGUACCUCCAUGGCCGCUUGGUGCAAUCUGUAAAGGUCUUUGAUUGGGGGUUUUUGGACUCGGGUCGGGUCUUCGCCCGGUUCCCCAACCUCACUGAGUUUGAUAUCGUCCAUGCUUGCAUUCGGUCUCCGCGGAAUUCGGGGAUUCUUGUGACGAGGAAGGCUUUGACUGUUCAUGUCGACUCGCUUUUCAGCCCAAAUGGGUUUAUUGAGGAAAGUGAUGUGUUGAAGAACAGUGUGGUGGAUGAUGGGCUCAGGUUGAUUGCCAGUUCGUACCCGAAUUUGCGCCGAAUUGCGGUCAUAGGUGCGAGUGAAAAUGGGUUGUUGAGGAUUGCUGAGGAUUGUCAAACACUGCAGGAAUUGGAGCUGCAUUGUUGUGGAGACUUGGCAUUGAAGGGAAUUAGUGCGUGUAGGAACUUGCAGAUUGUGAAAUUGAUUGCUUGCGUUGAUGGGUUUUACAAGGCAGUGAUUUCGGAUAUUGGGUUGACAAUUUUAGCUCAGGGGUGUAGGAGGUUAGUGAAGCUUGAGCUUUGUGGGUGUGAAGGGAGCUAUGAUGGGAUUAAGGCAAUUGGGCAGUGUUGCCAAAUGCUUGAGGAGUUGACUCUCAAUGAUCAUAGGAUGGAUGGUGGGUGGUUGGCUUCUCUGCCCUUUUGUGGGAAUUUGAAGACUUUGACGCUUCAGUCUUGCAAGGACAUUGAUUCGAGCCCCGGCCCUGAUGAGCACUUGGGAUUUUGUCCCACCAUUGAGGGGUUGCAUUUACGGCGGUGUCAAGUGAGGGAUAAGCAUGGUGUGAGAGCAUUGUUCUUGGUGUGUGAGGCUGUUAGGGAUAUUGUUCUGCAGGAUUGUUGGGGGUUGGUGGAUGAAGUAUUUGCAUUUGCGAGUAUUUGUAGGAGGGUGAAGCUGAUUUCUCUGCAAGGAUGCUCACUGCUGACGACAGGAGGUCUGGAGUCGGUGCUCCUUUGUUGGAAAGAGCUUCAAAGGCUUAGAGUAGUAUCAUGUAACAAUAUAACAGACAGUGAAACAACUCCUGCCUUGGCAACCUUAUUUUCUGUUCUGAAAGAGUUGACAUGGCGACCAAAUACCAGAUCUCUCUUGUCAUCAAGUCUUGCUGGGACUGGAAUGGGACUGAAAGGUGGCAGGUUUUUCAAGAGCUUAAAGCCUUAA